AUGGACUCCAGCAACAGUGGCAGCUUUCAGUCAUCAAGCGGCGGCGCCGGUGGUGGCGAUAAUAAUGAAGAAUAUGAUUCAAGAACACCAUCGAUAUCUUCCUUCCUAAAUCCUUCCAACCACUUCAACCCUAACCUCAACCACCUCCUACAACCACUGUCAUCAUCAUCUCAUCACCACCACAACCACCGUCCGCCACCCUCUGACACCUCCUUCUUUGAUCCUUCUUCAACCUCGUCCUUUUCAACCCCAAACACGCUCCAAGAUCUCGGCUCAGUCUGGACCGGAAACAUCCGCUCGGACCGGAACCUCGCAGACUUCGGUACCUACCCUAUUAACCCUAACCCGGCAUCAACCAUGGAUACAAAUACAAAAACUAGUCAUGGAUCGGAUCAUCUUCAUCAAGUAACAGUAAAGAACCCAAAGAAACGUACGAGAGCUUCCCGACGAGCACCCACCACCGUUCUCACCACCGACACGACUAACUUCCGGCAAAUGGUUCAAGAAUUCACCGGCAUCCCCACCGCACCUUUCUCCUCCGCCCCAUUUUCUCGCCGUCUGGACCUUUUUGGUCGCGGUAGUGACGGCGGCGGCGGGUCUUUGUACCCUCUCCGGCCGUCGGCGCAGAAAGUUCAACAACAGCAGCCAUCAUUUUUGAAUUCUACGGCCAAUAUUGUAGAGUCUGGCACUAGCAAUAAUAUUACUGCCGCCACUACUUCAAGUAAUUACCAAUUAGCCCCUGCCGAUAUUCAUGGUUUUCAAAAACAGCCCUCUACUUUGUUAGAUAUACAAAACCCAAUGUUAUCGUUUCAAUCCCUCUUACAAACCACAAUUCCUCAGCAGCAAUCCCACCAUUUGAGUGGUUUUCAUGACCCUUCUAAGAGAUGGAGGAGUGAAGAUGAAAAAUUGGAAAAUUUUGAGGGGUUAAUUGGAAAUACUCAAAACAUAGGCGGCUCAAAGAAUGUCGUGGUUACAUCAAGAAACGGUGAUGAUCAAGUUCAAGGUAAUGAAGAAUCAUGGAUUUGCCCUUCUAAUUAA